AUGACGUCACGGGAAUCCUUGAGCGACUGGGUGUUUGUAAACAUAGACACGUUGGUCGUCCUGUUCAUUAUUAUGUGCAAAGUUUCCCUUAAGUAGGGCGGCGAGCACGGGCGUGGCCAUGGAGGUGGACGAGUUCCCCGCACAGGAGGCCGCCCUGGAUACGGAGGGCAGCAAGCGGGAAGGCACUAAGAGAGGGAGGAAGCCAGGCCGUAAAGCCAAGUCUGACAUGAAGGCUAAACUAGAACGCAGUAGGCAGAGUGCAAGGGAAUGCCGUGCCCGUAAGAAGCUGCGUUACCAGUACCUUGAGGAACUGGUGGCCAACAGGGAGAAAGCAGUCAUUGCUCUACACCGAGAACUGGAACAGUAUCGUGCAUGGGCAAAAGAAAUAGACGAAGGCAAGAUUCCUGAAGGUGUGCUGAAACUGAUUGAGGACGAAAAGGUCAGGAAAAAUGAAAAAGAGUGAAAUGGUACCUGGAGCUUAAUCACUGGGCUGAGACAAAUUGACGUAUUAAAUAAGACUGUAUUCGUACAUCAUUCCUGUCUUUAGGAAUUUCAAUGUUAUUCUUAAAUGAAGACGUAAACUAGAAUAUUUCAAUUGUCACAGUGUUAAGUGGUGAGGAGGGAUGAUGUGUCCUGCCCUCCAGCUUGCUGCCGUCUCAGGGUCUGCCUGCUGACAGGUUCACUUUGUUUUGUUUUUAGUUUCUUUAAUACGAAAAUAAUUAUAGACUUUAAUUGCUUGAUCAUCACCUGUAGAAUUCAUGCAUUCAUUCAUUUCAUUAGGUCAUUCAUCCUUCAUUUCAUUAUCAUCCUGGUGUCUGAUUGGUUUACUAAUGCCAAACUAAGUAUAAAAAGUACUUGACCCUUUAUUAUUGUAAUAACAGUUACUAUUAUUAUUAUUACUAUUAUUGGAAAUGUUUAAAUUCAUAUACCAAAUAAAAGUGAAAACAGC